AUUAGUUUCUUAACAUGUACAACUAACGGGCUGGUAUACAUUUGCUGGAAAUGUUAAACCAAACUAUGCGAUCUUGACUUCACUCAAAGCGAAACCGAUAAUGAAUCCAGCGUGAUAUUAACUGAGUAUCAGCCUGAAUGACCCUUCAGUGUGGAAUAAUACACCACUAUGUAGCGAAGCAAUAGCGCUGAAGAGCGUACGGAACAAUACGCCGCUGUGCGUUUUUUGUUUCACGAGUUGUAUAUUUAAUCCGAAGAAGUUGAGCGAAUAUAUCAGUUUGAUGAAAUGGUGCGAGGCGCUUAGUCGAAGACAUUUUGCAACAGUCUGAACUAAACAAUUGUGAAAUGCCUACCCCAAGCUUAGUAUCAUCAGGUAGUCCUACUCCAAGUAGUGUGUCCUACGGCACUACAAAUAAUAUGGCAUCAAUAAAAGAAUCCUUCACAGAACUAGAAGGCAAUAUACUGGGAUCGAAAGACUAUAUCGAUACAAAAAGUGUUUUUGGAGCAGACACUAUAUAUCAAGACAGCGAUGAUGAUGACGAUACAUUACUCGCAACUUCUGGAGAAGAAAUCGACCCUAAAAGUAUCGGUUUAUUUGACAUCGUUAAGCGCGAAUUUCGCGUGAGAACAGCAGUGAUAACAAACAAGCCUGAUCAUGGCCAAGUACAUAAGAAGCCAAAGAUUAACUUCAUUCAAGAUAUGAAGAACAAAGUGGGGAUCGCAAUAGAUCAUAAAAAUCGAGCCCUAGAAGAAAUGCAAAACAAAAAUUUGAAACAGGCAACACGAUUUUUUCAUCUUGCUUUGCUGCAUAUUAAAGGAUUGGAUCCAGAUGAAGGUGUUUUGUGGAGUUUGGACUUUGAAGACAUGGAUAAAGAUAAAUUACCGCUACGUGUUAUGCCUUCAGAAUUAAAAGAAAUCAAAGAAGGAGUAGAAAUAGACUGCUAUUUGGGACUUGCUGGAUGCCUACAACACAAAGAGCGAGUUCCUUAUCGAAGAAUUAAAAGCUACUGUAUGCGAAUUCUUGACUUUCGAGAAGAUUACGUCCCUGCAUUAGUCAAAUGCGGGAUGGCAUGUUAUUAUUUACGAGAAUACGAACUGUGCAGAUUCUACAUGCAAAACGCAAAAGAUUUGUCAACGGAACCAAUGGUUAAUGACAAAUUUACGAGUUCCGUUUUUUGGGUCACCCUGUAUUAUAAUGGGAAAAUUAUUAUCCGAUACGGACCUAAACAUGUUUCGAUCCAGAAAUUAAAAAAUAUCUUCGUAUGGUAGAAAAUCAACUCACAAAAGGAAAGAAGAAGAAAUGAAAAGGGAUUUUGUAUCAUUGAAUAUUAUAAACAAUUAAUGCGAGCAGUCGGGAAUCAUUCCUAUAAACAGGAGCAAUAGAAGAUAUUCAAUAUUCAAGCGCGUGCAACUGUGGUCAUCAUUUCAUAGAGCUCGCAAUGGCAAAAAAUGGAAUAUCAAGGAGUGUAUCCGAGCUAUUUCAGUACGGGAUGUAAAAUUAUAUAUUAUUUUUUUGCUUCUAUUACGUUUUGAUUAAAGGCAUUAUAUUAUCCAAUUCGA